AUGGGUGGCUGCCGGGUGCUGGGCCAGGUCUGGGGUGGCUGGUGGCGGGGGCCAGGGGUCGUCUCAGCUCGCAAGGUCGCAAGCUUUGGCACCGAGGCCCGGCGUCAGCUGCAACCUCGGGGCUCCAGCAAACGAUCAGGGACCCUGGGAAACCAGCCCUUCCCAGGGCUGCUGCAGCCGGAGAACCUCAGCCGGGAGGAGCUGGUCCAUGUGCUGAGGGCAUCUGUGGUGGACCAGAGAGGACCAUUGGUGACAUUGAACAAGCCACAGGGUCUUCCAGUGACAGGAAAACCAGGAGAGCUGACAUUGUUGUCAGUGCUGCCAGAGCUGAGCCAGUCCCUGGGGCUUGGGGAGCAGGAGCUCCAGAUUGUCCGAGCUUCUGGGAAGGAGGCCUCUGGGCUUGUCCUCCUCUCCAGUUGUCCCCAGACAGCGAGCCGCCUCCAGAAGUUCUUCGCCCACUCACGGAGAGCCCAGACACCCACAGCCACCUACUGGGCUGUCACUGAUGGGAUCCCCGCGACUUCAGAGGGGAGGAUCCAAGCAGCUCUGAAACUGGAAUAUGUUGAUGACGUCGGUUUGGCAGUUCCAGUGAAGUCCCCGUCCCGAAACGACAUCCUGGAAGGUGUCAAGAGGACCCUGAGCCACUUCCGUGUGGUGGCCACAGGCCCUGGCUGUGCUCUGGUCGAGCUGCAACCCCUGACAGUGUUCGCCAGUCAGCUACAGGUACACAUGGUCCUCCAGCUCUGCCCCAUGCUCGGGGACCACACGUAUUCAGCCCGCGUGGGCACUGUCCUGGGCCAACGCUUUCUACUGCCAGCCGAGAGCACCAAGCCCCAAAAACAGGUCCUGGAUGAAGCCCUCCUCGGACGCCUCCGCCUGACGCCUGCCCAGGCCGCCCAGAUGCCCCUGCACCUCCACCUGCGCUGUCUCCGCCUCCCCGGCCCCAGGCCCAGCGAUGCCCCCCCCAUAGAGCUUUGGGCACCUUUGCCCCCUUAUUUCUCCAGAACCCUACAGUGCCUGGGGCUCCGCCAGCAAUAG